AUGCUCGUUCACAGAAAACAACAGGGCCCCAAGCUCGAUAAGCCCAACCGCUUCAACUUGGGCGGCCUCAUCAAGAGGAAAAUCUCGUGGAAGCGCUCCAUAGACGGUUCCAUGGGCUCGCUCGACUCUUUUGCUCCUCCCCAGCACAAACUACCGGACCAGCAACCGCUGCCCGCCACCCACAACCACUACUAUACGGUUGAUUGCCAUCACGACGCCUCCCUGGCGCCUCAUUACUCACUCACGGCUGCUAACGGCCACUAUACCCAUCUUUCUCCUGCUCACGACACCUACUGCUCCACAGCAGAGUGCAUCUCGUUGCAAAACAGUGACAUCACCUCUCACCACGGUGAUGACGAUGAUGACGGCAAGAUAGACGAGUUCGACAGCCUUUGCAAAGUCGACGAUUUCAACAACUUGGCUGAGCCUUUGGUCGAUGAGCUGCCGUCUUUUGACCCCAAGAAUGAGGAAAAUAUCUCAGAGUACAAGAUAGGCGGCUACUGUCCCAUCAAGAUUGGUGACCACUUCUGCUCAGAUAAGUGCCGCUACAAGGUGCUUCGAAAGCUUGGCUGGGGCCACUUUUCCACAGUUUGGCUUGCCAUCAGCCUGGAGGGGUCGUAUGUUGCUUUGAAAGUGGUGAAGUCAGGUAAGAACUACUCCGAAGCUGCCAUAGACGAAAUCAAGAUUCUCAAGACGCUUCAGAAGGGAAAAACGUCUUCUGUUGACAGCGUCGUCUCCUUGCUAGACUCCUUUGAGGUGACCACGCCGCUGGGCACUCACGUUGCAAUGGUGUUUGAACUCAUGGGCGAAAACAUGUUGCAUCUAAUCUACAAAAAGAAAGCUGAACGCUACUCCUUAAAGAUGAUUCAGCAGCCCUUGCCUCCGGCAGUUGUCCCAUUGCACAUGGCUAAACUGAUCAUUCUUCAGCUUCUCCAGUCGGUGGACUACAUGCAUCGCAACGGUGUAAUUCACACCGAUAUCAAGCCGGAGAAUGUGCUCAUGACUUACGAGGGUCUGAUCCCAGACUCUGUUCGUGCUGCGAAGCCAACUCCUACCUUCCGCAUUCUUCCAUCGAGACCUUUGGCGAUGUCCUUGGAGGAGAUGUGCUCUUGCCCAAUGAGAGUCAAAAUUGCCGACUUGGGCAAUGCCACCUACUCAAAGAACCAUUUUUCUGACUACAUCCAAACUCGUCAGUAUCGCUCGCCUGAAAUAUUGCUAAAGCACAAGACUUGGGGUGCUUCUGCUGACGUGUGGCUGAUUGGCUGCUUGAUCUUUGAGCUCAUCACCGGUGAUUUCCUCUUCGAUCCUCAUGACGGCGCGACUUUCACUAAGGAUGAAGACCAUAUGGCUCAGAUCAUCGAGCUCCUCGGAGAAUUCCCUUCAGUGAAGUAUUUGAGCAACUGCCUGAGGGCCACUGAGUUGUUUUCUACACCUACCACCUUGAGAAACAUUCGCUCCCUCAAGUACUGGAGUUUGGAGGACGUCUUGAUAGAGAAGUAUAAGUUUUCUCCUGACGACGAGAACGUCAUCUUGAUAGGUGACUUGAUUCGCAAAUGCUUGAAGUACGAUCUCGAUGAUCGUUACGACUGUGCUUCUCUCAUGAAGCACCCUUGGUUUUCGUCCAAUCCGCAAUGGGACGAGGCGGCUUUGAGAGCUUUGCCUAAUAAUAAUACCGAGAUUCCCGGCUUCACUCACGAGGAGUAG